AUGGGACAAGAAGUCUCAACAUAUCAAGACUUUUCCACAGAUGAUCCUUUGAUACAAAUCGACCACGAAGUUUAUAUUGGGGGAACACACCAUUUAACUCUUGAAAUCGUACAAAAGUAUAAAAUAGGUGCAGUGUUAUCUUUUGGUCCAACACCAAUCGACUACCUUCCGAGUGUUUGUGAUUAUUUACACAUUUCCUUAGCAAAGCAGACUCCUCAGUCGACAACGCAGAAGUUGACCACCUCCAUCACUUACGUUAAAAAUGCAAAGAAGAAUUCAGUCCCCAUUCUCAUUAUAAAAGACUUUUCAGACCAAACACCCUUCUUUCUCAUCUCCUAUUUAAUGGCAACGGUUCCUUUAUCCUUCGAAGAUGCAAACACUCUUGUCUUUUCUAAACUCACAUUACUUCCUCUCACAGAGCAUCACACGACUUACUUCCACUCUUUUCCUCUUCGUCUAUAA